AUGCUGUUUGUUUCGCUCCCCCCUCCCCUUUCGAGAGCACUGCUGCUCGCAGGAUACUUUACACUGUCAUGGGCACAACUCGCUUUGCCUACCUGGCGUAAAGCAAAUAUAACGACCUCCGCCGCUGCCAGGACCGCUUUUGCAAGAGCGGCGCUACAGGAAACUAUUGUGCACAUCGGAGCCAAUGGUCAGUUUCCAGACGCCGCAGACUAUGUUGUUCCUGCGAUCUUCUACUCACAGCUCGCGGCAUUCGAUGCUGCGACAGGCAGCCAACAAUAUCGCGAUAGUCUGGUGCAGUACUUUCAGAACGCAACAAUGAUACAUGCAAACUUUUCAAACUCCGAUGUCAGUCCUCCGAUUCUACUACAUGACACGCUGAACUACGGUUAUGCUGCCGUUCAAGCCUAUGUUACCUACAAGGACCCUGUUUUCCUUGAAUACGCAAUCGGAGUCUGGAAUAUCAGCAACCAAUAUACUCUUUCUCAAGCCGACAUCGACGCAGGCAGACAAAAGAGUGGUCUGAAAAACUUCGAUUUAGCACAAACCUGUCAUGGCAAAACAAUGGCUGGAGGGACUUUCGGGAUAACGGCGGUGUCCGACCCUUCGAUCGACGCUCUGCCAACUGGCCAUUUUGCGAUUCUUUCUGCUCUCUUGGCUUCAAGUACCUCCGAACCUAGAUACCUUGCUGCUGCACAGCUUUCGACGGCUUUUAUGCUGUCGCACUGGCUGAAUCCACAGAAUGUCAUGCUCGAUUAUAUGUCUGGGCGGAGCAACGACUCGUGUUCGACGGAUGCAUCGCUGCAGCCCUACGACUCGGGCAUGGCAAUUGAGGCGCUGGCGAUUCUCAUUGACAUAACCCAUGAUCCUGCGUACCAGCGCUCGUUGAACACGCUCAUUGAAGCCGCAACAACUUCAACGGUGUGGCAAGGCGCGAAUGGAGUCAUCGCAAACCGAGCGCACAGUAAUACCGGUGAUCUGUUCCUCGUUCGUGGGCUAAGCGCUGCAUAUAGCCGCAACGUGACGACCCCUCCACUGAAGGAAUAUAUCAAGGCAUAUCUCGCUGUCCAAUACAAUGCUGUCCUUGACCUUGCGCGAUCGUCAGGCCCAGACAACAACAACUAUGGCCUAUGGAUAGGACCCGCAGCCACAUCAUUCGCAUCGUUUGUCCAGACAGCGGCCCUUGGCGUGCUUGUUGCCGGAAUCGGGUUGCACAAUGAGACGCAGGCUGAGCCACCAUCAUGCCCCGUGAUUUUAAGCACUGCCAUGACUGGUGGUGGUGGUGGGUCGACGCCGUCACUAGCAUCGCCUACGUCGAUAUCCAGCACCACGACGGCUUCCGCACCCCAUCAUGGAUCACGCAUCGGGGCCGUAGCGGGUGUCACUGUCGCUGCAAUAUUCGUCGUGGCGCUGCUUUGUGCGGGAUGUAUGUUCUGGAUCCGGCGGCGGCAGUGGCAGCGGCAGCAGCGCAAUUCAGAUGCACUCUCCGUUAGCCCAAGCAUUGAUGCGCCGCCGACCAGCAUGACCACGAUCAGUCCCUUCACCUCUCCCGUCUCGCAAACAUCCUUCAACGGACUCCCAACUACUCCCGUCACGGUGUCAAGACAUUGGAAGCCCCCCAGUCAAUCAAUGUCGGAUCGCUCGCGGACGGAUGACACAUCGAUAUCCAUCGCCGCACCAGUCCAGCCAGUGCCCCGGCCUGCGUUGGCCUCAGAUGACCAUGUUCGGACUAUGCAAUCCCGCCCGCAAACUAUGUUCUAUGACAACGAGGCUCCGCCGAUGUACCCUGGAACCGGUCUAUAG